AUGCGUCAUGCCAACGACUUCUACACUGGGGAAACUGUAAUGUUUUCUGAAUUUCAGGUCUUUCGGCUGAGUAGAAUUUCAUUGCAGGUCACUCUUGUCGAAGAAGGUGUGUUUAGCGGUCGUUUUCGUCACAAGGGACUUCAAUGA